AUGGAACGAGAUACUAAUGCACUUUAUCAAACGUUAGGCGUAAGAAAAACUGCUACUGAAGAAGAGAUCAAAAAAGCAUAUCGCAAACUAGCAUUAAGAUAUCAUCCAGAUAAAAAUCCAAAUGCUCCUGAACAUUUUAAAUCUAUUAGUCAUGCAUAUGAGAUACUUAGUGAUCCUAAGAAACGUUCUGUAUAUGAUAAAUAUGGUGAAAUGGGUGUAAAUAUGUUAGAUUCUUUACCAGAUUUCCUUCUAGAUCCGGAUCUUGAUGGACCGUUGUUUGACGGAAAAGUUCAAUGGAGUUUCUCAAUUGUUUUUAUACCGAUAUGGUUCUUUGAUUUUGUUGCGUUAUUGAUAACAUUGAUUAGGCUAAAAAAGGAUCCAACUGAAGAGGAGAAUGGGACUGAUGACGAGUUUGAAGGAUUGUAUCACGAGGAUCCCGAGAUUAGGGAGCAAGCUAGAGAAGCUAAAAGAAAACAACAAAAGAAACUGACUCAUUUAAGGAAUAUAUUAUCCGUAGUAUAUCUAUUGUUGAAUUUUGCUUUUCAAAUAUUGAUUGUUCUUAAGGCUGAUGGCACGUUUGUACAAAGUACUGCAAUAGUUUUUAUCCCUUAUUUCAUUAUAGAAUUGAUAAAUUUAUAUCCAAACGCGAUAGAAUUCAUUGCAAUUUUAAAAAUUUAUGAUUCAAUGGACGAGGCAAAACCUUCAAUUUUAACAAAACUUGGGAUAUUAUGGGAUACUUUCUGGUGGUUUAUACUUAGAAUUGCAUUAGCGGUCUUGAUUGUGCUUAGAAUCGAUGGAACUAUCACUUGCAGCUGGGGGGUUGUUUUUAUACCUUUGUAUCUGGUUGGUCUUCGAUAUGCUAUUUGGAUAUUUUGGCAAUGGUCGGCCAUAAGAAAAAAUGAGAAUGCUGAUCAAAAAAGGGUAGACGUGAUCAUAUCUGCAGUACUCUUUUCUGUAAACGCAAUUAUUAUUUAUCUUAUUAUAGGAUUAUUGGCAAGUAGAUUGGAUGGAAAUACAAACAUACUCCUGUCUUCGGUUUUCAUUCCAAUUUUCAUAGUAUUGUCUAUACUUUUCUGUUGUACCGGAUGUUGUUUACCUUGUGCUUUAAUGAGUUGGAAUGUAGGUGAUGAUUUGGAAGGCUUAUCAGACAAUUCAAUAAUAUCACCAGACAAAAGAAUUACUUAUCCGUCCACAUCCACAUCUGCUGCAGCAAGUACUACAUAA